AUGGCCUUAAACUGCACCAGACUACUCACUCAAUGGAUUGGGAUUGGACUCACGCUUGACUUUGUGGUCCACGAUACCGUUGGCACAUUUCAACUGGCCUUCAAACCCAUCACGCUCGUCUGUCAAAGCAAAAAACUCGUUCAACUGUCGCUACCGGCUUCGGCUUACGGACCUCUCCCACAAGAUGGCCAUGGCCGGGACAAGAAUUAUCCACGACUCGAAGAUCUGCAGGAUCUCGGAAAGGGGGUCAGUCUUGCCCCAUGA